CGCCGCCAGGCGCCAGGCCGCGGAGCGCCGAUCGGCUCGAUGAGCGGGGGCGCAGCUGCAGCGGAGCGGCCGACGCCGUGUCCGCGCCCACUGUGUUGCCCACCCCGCUUUCUUCCUCCGCUUCCCACUCCUUCCCCCGCCCACCCAGCGCUACCCGCCCCCGAGAGCUGCCCGGAGCUCCCAGGGAGACUCAGGUGGUGAAAACUUACUCUACUGGGAAGUAGAAGAGUACUCCCUGAUUUAAAAAAAAAAAUGCCUCCCAAGUUCAAGCGCCACCUAAAUGAUGACGAUGUCACUGGUUCUGUGAAAAGUGAAAGGAGAAAUCUUUUAGAAGAUGAUUCAGAUGAAGAAGAGGACUUUUUUCUAAGGGGACCAUCUGGACCCAGAUUUGGACCUAGAAAUGAUAAAAUUAAGCAUGUUCAGAAUCAGGUGGAUGAAGUUAUUGACGUCAUGCAAGAAAAUAUCACAAAGGUAAUUGAAAGAGGGGAGAGACUAGAUGAACUACAGGACAAAUCAGAAAGCUUAUCGGAUAAUGCAACUGCUUUUAGCAACAGAUCCAAACAACUUCGAAGGCAAAUGUGGUGGCGUGGAUGCAAAAUAAAAGCCCUCAUGGCUUUGGUUGCUGUUACCCUUUUAUUAGUGAUUAUCAUUCUUUUAGUUGUGAAAUACCGUACUUGAUUUGGUGACAGAUCUUCAGUAAACAAAAUCUGGGACAAUAAUAAAAGAUUGCUGCAUAAUUUAAAUGAAACCCAUGUAUAUAACUUUCAGAGCUUCUUUUUCAAGAAAUUAAGAGGCAAGUAUCACUUCAAAUUGGAGCAUUGAGAAUGUCCAGUUAUCUUCUUCCCUUCUAACAAGAUGUGCUUUUAAUAAUUAUGUUUAAGACAAAGAUAAUCAGCCUUGAUUCUGCCAUAUUCCAAGGGUCUAAUUUGAAACUAGAUACUUGCCAGUUCAUUAUCUGUGUAUAUAGUUAAACACUGAUAACGAUAUUCCAUACUGUUAUUUUAAUGGCAUAAGGACUUGCAUUUAUUGCAUCCAGGUGGGAGUCAGGCUGGUGGUCAGGAAGCCUCUGUAGAGUACCACGUCAUUAUGCUGAAAGACAUACAGAACCAUCCUGUCAACAUUUGCAAGAUUCUGCUCCUAUUACAAUUGCUUUGCAAGCAAUUUCCACACGUUUAUGGGUGUAACAAAAGCUCAAUGUUGUAAACGUCGCUGCCUUCUUCUAUAACUAAAAACAUUCCAGUAAACCUAUUUUUGACUGUAUAAGGGAAUGUGUGGUAAUUUUUUGGCAUUUGGGUUAUGAAAAUGGGAAAUUUAAGCAGUGCGAAAAGCGUAGCGUGGCGCCAUAAAACUGGAGAUAGUAAAAUGAUUGGAGAGCAUCACUGGAGUAUUUGAAAAUGGCCAACAUGAAGCUACAAAUUACAGCCCAGUCUGUUUUCAGUUAGCCUCCAGUAAGGAGGGGUUGGUCCUACUGUGAAAUCCAUAGGUAGCUUGUUUCCUUACUUUUUAUUAAUAGCUUUCCUAUUUACUUUUAAGUAGCCUUUUUACCAGAAAUGAUAAAAGUAGCAAAAUCCUCUCCUUAGAGGUUGCUAUUUUUGCCUUGCCUGGUUAUCUCCUGGGAGAUGGAUGUUACACACUCAGGUGUCAAGUUAGCCAACAGUAAUGACUCCAAAGUCAGGAGCCUGGGUGCUGAGGUCACCAUUCAUCUCAGUCUGUUUUAAAACAGUGACAAGUGCAGUUACCUUUAAAAUGUGCCAAAUUCCUUGGAUUGUUUAAACAAGUGAAAAUACGUAGUCUAAUGUGUGUGAGGAGGAAGUUUUAUAAUAAAACUGGAGGUUCUGCAGAAACUUGGGUACAUGGACAUCUUCACAAUGUAUAUAUAACUGGAAAUUUGAAGUACGGUGAAUAGAAAAUACCAGUAUUUAAAUAGGAAAAAUGGAUGAUUCCUUUAGGGUUUAUUUCUUUGGUCAUUUUAUUUCAAAAUGUAUGAAACAUAGAAUUCUUUUUGUUUGUUUUUUAGUUCAACAGGAUUAGUACUAAGAAGCAAAAAUGUUCUGUUUAGAAUGGAAAGAAAUUUGAAGGGAGAAAGCAGAUUAAGAGGUACUCAAGAUACCUGCAAGCUGUGAAGAUCUGAAUAUAAUUGCAAAAUAUUAUAGUCCGCUAAGAACAUUUAAAAAGAGAUCAAGGUCUUACGUACUGCAGGGUGUUCUCUGUGCUCUCUCCACCCUUUGUAAAUGUUAAUUAAUGUAAAUAACAUAAUAAAUACCAAGUCCUUUGAUAGAAGAGGAUACCCAGGGGAAUGAACAUUUUUAGAAUUUCAGUAGCUAAUGUAUAGUCGAGGAAUAGGAAUGUUCUACCGAGAAGACACAAUCAGCCCUAAGACAUAUACAUGUGUCCUUUACUUGGGAUUGGAACUAGACUCACCAGUAGUUAAUCUUCCAUUUGUUGGUGUAGAAAUCUCACUUCUCCAUAUCGUCUAUCAGUGAGGAUGAUUAUUUCUCAAAAAGAAUCCACAUUUCCAAUGUUUCUUUAAUGAAGUAUGCUGCUUUUAAAGAAAUAUAAAAAAGAAAAUAACAUUUUAAAAAAUUUUAACU